CCAAAUAAAUUUACGUUUGCAAUUUAAUCUUGAUUAAAUUCGUCAAUGAUGCGUUGAUGCAUAAACUCGUCCGAGGCUAUUUUCACAUAAACUGUUGCGAUGUUUCUUUGUUAUUUCCUAUUCCUCACGGCUGUGCACCAGAUAUCUGGUGAUAGGAUACCAGAAUAUGUUAUAAAGGAACUGUAUUCAAAAUACGAAGAAGCUAUGGCUAACGAACAUUUUAAAAUAUUCACAAGAAGGAUUUUCAGAGGGAAUAAAAAAUUUGAGAUACACGUGGAGAAAUUGAGAGAGGUCAACGGAUAUAAGAAGCACAAUCUGAUGGUGAAGGAGAGUCUGAAGUCUGGAGCAGGUUCAUAUAUAUAUAUCAACAAUCCCGUAGAAUCAAAGAUACCGAAAGCUUUCCUCACAUUGGACGAAUUCAAAGACGCUUUGACGAACAGGAUUUUAGUACAACGCGAAGAAUUAAUUAAAAAACAAUCAACAACAAAUAAAAAUUUAAAUACUAUGAAAUAUUUUACACAAACUUCGAUAUUAAAUGAAAGUAGACUGCAUGGAUAUAAUACAUCAGAUAAAUAUGUACACAGGAAAGCCACAACGAAAUCCAAAGCAAAUGAUUAUGUUCGUAUAAUAACGUAUAAAACGUAUAAAUCUAAUGAGAUUUUAGGUUCCGCAGUAAGUGCUUUCAAUGAAAAAAAUACUUUAGACACAGAUAAUACAAAUAGUACUACAAACGAAGGUUCCAUACCACCGGAAACAGAGAGUGUCCAAUUAGUCCCAAUUAAUAAUACAAGCACUAACACGGACAUACCACUGAUGAGAAACGACAACGCUACGGACAUGAACACCACUUUGUCCGUUAGAAUAAACAAAACAAACGAACACAGUGGAGUUUUAAAUGCAACUGAUUCAGAGAAAUAUUCCAUAAGAAACGAAUCGGAUGUAAAAAUCAUUGAAACUUUGUCCAGAGACAAUGCGAGUGUAUUGAAGACGGACACGUCGGAGAUUUUACCAAAACCUACGCCGAGAAGAAAAGUCACGGUAAAGCUACAAUCUGCUACCACAGCUACUACGAAGAGGAUCACUUUGGGGAGGCCUUUAGUUUUUCUUGCAAACUAAUAAAAGAUACUAUUCAAUAUUAACUUACCUUAUUUACUCAAAGAAAUGAAUCCUAGUUAUUGCAGAAGCAAUAACUACAACAAUGCUCAACUGGCGUCUAACAUCACUUUAACAAUAAUUAACUAAGGAGUUCACAAACGUUAAUUCGGCUGAAUAUCUCUGGACCUUUGACUGAAAACAUAAAACGCUGUUCCCGCCAAACGAAAUGUCAAACUGUCAAACGCGCGAACAUUGUGCGCUUCAGAAUAAAGGCGCCACUUCACUGAUUACAAAACACAAUCUCACGUGGAACUGUGACUACUAGCCGCUUAUACCUUUAUAGCUAUGGAGCCCUUAUCGAGAUAGCUCUAUUUGAGUGAGCCAAAACAGAGCGGGACGGGGAUAGAGUCUGUGUCAACUCCCAUUGUAAACCGCUUACACCUUCCGAGGAUUGCUCACUUGCUGGAAAGAGAUAUCUAGCUUUUUAUCCGUAUAUCUGUUUUAAUUUUCGCCCCGCCCAACCCUCUUUUUCUCCGAGUGGUGGGGUGAAGUUGGACAGUUUUAAAUUAUCUUUUGUAAUAAAAUUAUUUUGCGAAAUAAGGAGUUGGUUUGAUAA